GUGGCUUCCGUGCAGCAGGGGGAGUUUUAUAGGGGAGGAGGUGGGAGCGAGGAGUUUGUCCCGAGUUGCACAGAGCCUUGCCAUCGGCCCUGAUCCUCCAGCCCCCUUGUCCUCUCCUUCCUCCUCCCGGUGCAAUGCCUCUGGCCCGUAGCCUUUCGGUGACCUCCCUGACUGGGCUGGAAGACUGGGAUGAUGAGCUUGACUUGGAGAAUGCCAUCCUCUUUGAGGUGGCGUGGGAAGUAGCUAAUAAAGUUGGGGGGAUCUACACGGUUAUCCAGACCAAAGCCAAAAUCACGCUGGACGAGUGGGGUGAGAAUUACUUCCUGAUCGGGCCUUACCUGGAGCAGAAUGUCCGCACUCAAGUGGAGCUAAUAGAGCCACCCAGCCCUGCCGUCCGCCGUACCAUUGACUCCAUGAAUGCUAAAGGAUGCAAAGUUUACUUUGGUCGUUGGCUGAUUGAAGGUGGUCCAUAUGUGAUUCUGAUAGAUAUUGGGGCAACUGCGUGGAGCCUUGAUCGCUGGAAGACAGAGCUGUGGGAAAGCUGCUCCAUUGGGAUUCCCUGGUAUGACCGAGAAGCUAAUGAUGCAGUCCUCUUUGGCUUCCUCACAGCAUGGUUUCUAGGAGAGUUUUCUGCACAAUGUGAAGAGAAGCCCUUCAUCAUUGGUCACUUCCAUGAGUGGCUGGCUGGGAUUGGUCUUGUCCUCUGCCGGAUCCGUAAACUUCCAGUGGCUACCGUCUUUACCACCCAUGCCACCUUGCUAGGACGCUAUCUGUGUGCAGGCAGUGUGGACUUCUACAACAACCUACAGACUUUUAAUUUAGACAAGGAGGCUGGGGACCGACAGAUCUACCACCGUUAUUGUAUGGAGCGAUCCGCUGUCCACUGCGCCCAUGUUUUCACAACUGUCUCCCAGAUUACAGCCGUGGAAGCCGAACACUUGCUAAAACGGAAGCCCGAUAUUGUGACUCCCAAUGGUUUGAAUGUCAAGAAGUUCUCAGCCAUGCACGAAUUCCAAAACCUCCAUGCGCAGAGCAAGGCUCGCAUCCAGGAGUUUGUCCGGGGGCACUUCUACGGGCAUCUGGACUUCAACCUUGACAAGACCAUUUUCUUCUUCAUUGCUGGGCGCUACGAAUAUUCCAAUAAAGGGGCCGACAUUUUUUUGGAAGCUCUGGCCCGGCUCAACUACCUGCUCAGGGUGAACGGUAGCCAGAUCACAGUGGUGGCCUUUUUCAUCAUGCCAGCCCGGACCAAUAACUUCAAUGUUGAAACUCUGAAAGGCCAGGCAGUCCGCAAACAGCUGUGGGAUACAGCCAACGCAGUGAAGGAGAAGUUUGGCAAGAAGCUCUAUGAAUCACUCCUUGUGGGGAAUCUUCCAGACAUGAACAAGAUGCUGGACAAGGAAGAUUUCACCAUGAUGAAAAGAGCCAUUUUUGCCACCCAGCGCCAGUCUUUCCCCCCAAUCUGCACUCACAACAUGCUGGAUGACUCCACCGAUCCGAUCCUCAACACCAUCCGGCGCAUUGGCCUUUUUAACAGCAGCUCCGACCGUGUGAAGGUCAUCUUCCAUCCUGAAUUCUUGUCUUCCACCAGCCCCCUUCUUCCUGUCGAUUAUGAGGAGUUUGUUAGGGGUUGCCACUUGGGGGUGUUUCCUUCUUAUUAUGAGCCAUGGGGCUACACGCCAGCUGAGUGCACUGUUAUGGGCAUUCCAAGCAUUUCCACCAACCUCUCUGGCUUUGGAUGCUUCAUGGAGGAACACAUAGCAGAUCCAUCAGCUUAUGGUAUCUACAUUGUGGACCGACGUUUCAGAGCCUUGGAUGAGUCAUGCACACAGCUGACCUCGUUCCUCUACAGCUUCUGCCAGCAGACCCGGCGGCAGCGCAUCAUCCAGCGCAACCGCACUGAGCGGCUCUCUGACCUCCUGGACUGGAAGUAUCUGGGCAGAUACUACAUGUAUGCCCGGCAUAUGGCGCUAGCAAAGGCAUUCCCUGACAACUUCACCUAUGAGCCACACGAACAAACUGCUGCUCAGGGCUUCCGCUACCCACGCCCAGCCUCUGUGCCACCAUCGCCCUCCAUCUCCCGCCACUCCAGCCCCCACCACAGCGAGACCGAAGAAGAUGAUGAACGGUACGAUGAGGACGAAGAAGCGGAGAAGGACAAACAGAACAUCAAGUCUGCAGCGCUGAUGGGCCCCGUCCCCGAGUGGCGGAAGCGCUCUAAGAAAGGCUCUAGUGAAGCCAGCACUUCCUCCAAUGCCAGCACCCCGACCCUUCCCAGCAGCCCCAGCGACCUCAGCAGCCCCACCAACUCUCUCAUCGAGGAGAAGAAUUAACUGUUUCUAACUAUGCCGACACACUCUCCCAUGUCUGCCCCCCUGCCAUGCCUUGCCCUCCCCUCCGUAGGUCAGCUAUUCUCUGGUGCUGGAUUCUGAAACCGUUCUAGCGUGUAGGUUCUAACGUGUCCCAGAACCAAGGCGAGGAUCGGCAUUGUUGCGUUCCCAUGUUGGUUGUCUGGUCUGGAUCAGGUUGGUUGGGGAGGACACGCCCGUGCUCUAGCAUUGAAAGGGAAGUUGCCCGUCACUUGUUCUAGAACUUGAGACACUUUGUUUUCUGAAGCUUGAUCUUACAUGGGAGAUGGCACAUUCUGGAUUCCCUUGUGCUGCUAAUCCUUUUUGGGACGAAGCCAUUUAGAACCCUGCAACAUAGAACUGGGGAGGGAAAAGAGAUUAGGAAGCCUUCCCUCGGAGUGAUACUUAAGGUGGCUUGUGCUCAUGAUGGGAUUGGUGUGGAAUAUUUAGUAAAUGUCCCAAGUACCACUGAUUUGGGGAGGGUCCAGGCUUUUAAGGAAUACUUACGAACAGGGUGGUUUUUUCUGAUACCAGAUGGGAUUAUGAAUCCUUUAUAAUCUAUCCUUUCAUAGUGCUAAAUUUCUGGAGAUCCUCACAGAUGUCCAUACUGCAAUAGAGUUCUAGAAUGUUUCAGCGUCCUAGAAAACCUUGUGGGGGCACAUUUCAGAAAGGCAGCAGUCUGUUCUGUUCUAAGUGUGCAUGAGGAGAUGAGCAGGCUCGUGCUGUACAAAUACAUCUCGGUUGGCCAGUCUUGCUUCGAAGGUGUUUCAAAAAGACUUUGGGAAGUCACUGGAAAUGAAGGCCCUGCAGAGGGAGUGGCAGGGAUUUUACAGGUAGCUAUGUAGCUAAAGGAGACAUCUGAAAAAGAGGAGCCAACCCAUUUUGUUACUGAACUUCUUUGACUGGAAACGUAAAGGGUUUUUUCUUGAAGGAGGAGAGUUAGCAUAGAACCUUCUGGAAUGGUGCUGCCAGCUUUUAAGGAACCCUGGAAUAUAGAGAGAGACUAGUUCAUACAGAGGCAUUUUGGAUUUGGAGAAAGAUCUCAAAGUGGUCAUGGGUUUAAAUAAAUCUGCUUUGUGGUGGUCUGAGGAGGAAGGACUUGAGAAUUCCCACCUGCUGUCAUGAGCGAUAAACUGCUGUGUGCAAGUGUAGACUAAAGAAAGGGUAGGAGAACCAACCAAAGACUUUAAAUGUUUAAAAGGAUGGAUUUAGCCAAAGCCAAUAAACUGAGCCUUAUCCACCAGGCACUCAAACAUCUGCCACUGUAAUUCUACCUGCAAUGUGAUGGAUCCCAGUCACUUUCAUCAAAAGAAGGGAAGCCAGUGAUUGUGAUCUGCCAAAAUCGACAGUGUGAGGCAGAUCAUUAAGACUCCUUGAGUCGCUGAGAAACAGGCAUUCAUUCAGUAAGCUGCUCUAGAACUUACGGAGAUCUCUGAAGUCUCUCUCGGACACAUUUUGCAGGGCAAGAAUUUUGGAAUGGUCACAGUUUCCAGAGAAUGGCCCCACCACUCUUCCAUAGUGGCCACUAAAAAUAUGCGAACAUAAGUAUGGAACCAAUUCUUGACCUCUGAAAAUUUAGACUUAAUUCCCUGUAGGUUGUGUGACUGUUUUAAUGACCGUGCUCUCUACAUAACGGGAGAGAAGGGCCUUCCUGCCUGGGACUGGGCCUGUCUUGGGACAGCAGCCAUAGUAGAAUCGUCUGGAGAAUUUUGUGGCCCACUAUGGGUAAAAAUGGCAGACAGGUGAGGCUGUAGAAAGACUGCUUUAGGGGCUAGAGGACAGGAUUCGAGGCUGAGCAAAGAUGCCGUGAGAACCCAUGAAAGUUGUCGGGUUUUAUAAUGUCUCAUGUCCAGCACGAGAGAGACGGCUGCUUCUGACAUGGAGUCCUAGUACCCUGCGUCCCACAGCUGCUGCCAAGUUUGGUACCAAGGAAACUCCAUUUUUCUCCCUGUGGCCUAGUGUGUCCUCUGAUUCUGCUGCUUGUUUGUUUGGACUCGCUGAACAUCUGUGCUUGGAUUAUGAACCACGUGUCUCCCCCUGCCCCCCAUUCCUUUUUCCUCUUCUUUUUGUUAGGAAAUCACUUCGGUGUAAAGUCUUAUGACUCAGUCACAUACCCCCUUUCCCCCUCCCCCCUCCUUUCCCCAUGGACUUGUUUUAAAAAGUGCUUGCAGUUUUUGUCUUCUCCCCCAUCCCCAAAAUACUGUGUGAACAAUCAAAUGAAGAACAAAAGCUGCUUGUGAGACGAAUCUCAAUUAUUUAAGAAUAAAUUUUGCUUUGGAGAAA